GUGCUGCUGAUAUGAAUGUGUGUGAGUGAGUGCCUGCGUGCCUGUGUGUGUACGUGCGGUGGGGUUGUAUGUGUGUGGUUCGUGCUCGUACGCAAGCAAAAAGUAUCGGGUAGCAAAAUCGAGAAACUUUCUUAUUGACGAUAGCCGAGCGAGGAGAAGAAGAAGCAGCUCAGCACUGACAUUUACUUGAAAGGGCAGGAAAAUUUUCGGCAAAAACUGAAAUAACCCCUUAUAUCUCAUUACAGAGGAUAUAAGCAGAAGCAAAUACGUUAGACGGAAGUCAAAAAUCCACCCAUAUCCCCUCAGAAUCGUAGCCUGAGCGGCAGAGGUCAUCUUAAAAAUACAUUUUCGGGCGUGUGUGCCCCCCGAGCACGAUUACCCCCACCCAGAUUAACGCAGACCAACGCAAGUAGCCCCCAACCAACAAAAAAAAAAAAGAAAUACAACAUCGAGUACUAAAAACCCGCCUCAGCAUGAUACUGGAGAAUUCGGACAAGCUCAAGGAUUGGCUGAGCGUGGUCCUGGAGCCACUCUGCGAUGCGGACUCCUCGGCCCUGGCGCGCUAUGUCAUCGCGCUGUUGAAAAAGGACAAAUCGGAUAAGGACCUCAAGCGGAUCAUGAUCGAGCAGCUUGAUGUCUUCCUUUCCGAGGAAACGACGCGCUUUGUAGAGCGCCUCUUCGAUGCCAUUGCCAGCGAGGAGUACCUGACGGUGCCUGCCGCCCCCCUGAUAACGGCCUCCAGUGCCUCCGCUGCUGAGCUGGAUCUCGACCAGGAACUGGCCCUGGCCAUCGAUGGGGCCCAGGACGAUAUCGAGGCCGCUCUGGCCGCCGAUUCCCCGCCUCCGCCGCCUAAAGACAAUGUGAUAAACCCAGAUAACCAGGGCAAGUUGGAGCAGGCCACCCACAAUGCCAGGGAAGCUGAGGCGUUGGCCUUUAUCAGCCAGGAGGCAGGCAUUGCCUCGCACGCCUCUACAGAUGCCAAGCCAGCCUUCGAUCAGCACAAAACCAAAGAGUCCCACAAUACACAGUCCGCCUCCAACUACCAACACCACCAUGUGCGCAGUGCGAGUCCACCAGGCAGAAGCAGCGGCGCAAGUGGGACUGGUGGAGGAGGAGCGGGUCUGACGGCAGGCUAUGCUGACAAGGAAAAUCAGCCACGCGAAAGUCGUCGGCGACGUGCUUCUCUGCGGUCCCGUUCUCGUUCCCGAUCUCGUUCUAACGAGCGAGCCUUCCGACGAUCCAGGUCACGUGACCGAAGGGUAAACGAACGCGAGAAAACACAACGACAGUUCCGCAACAAAUCCCCACCAGGCUCUCAGACCGACAAUCGGCAUCAUGGCCGCCGCAACUUUGAUAGGCGGCGCAUCGGUGGUAAUGCAGAUGAACGUCCUCGAUUUGGAAACAACAAGAGCCGACGCUCCCAUAGUCGAUCCAUGUCACCAGAGCGAAACGCUCGACGCAACCAGAACUCCCCCGACCGAGUACAAGCAGCCCAAGUUAAUCAAGUUCCCGCUCCAGUGGCUCCGCCUGCUCCUGUAGAGCACCCCGCUGCUCAUCCUCGCCAGCGGUGUCGGGACUUUGACGAAAAGGGCUACUGUGUCAGAGGCGAAACAUGUCCUUGGGACCACGGAAUCAACCCAGUAGUGUUUGAGGGAAUCAACAAUUCGGCCCUAAUGAUGUCCAUGCGUGAGUACAAUCCGGAUGCCCCUGAAAUAUGGGCGAGGGGCGGAGCACCGCCACCAGGUGCUGGCCAAGGACCAGUGCCUCCGCCAGCGCAGCCGGGGCAAACGACCAUUAAUCCAUUUAGCGGUAAUGUGCGACCAAGUACGUUAAUGACUGGCUCUGGACCCAAUCCGAUGGGUGUUCCGAAUCCCGCUGACUAUGCCCGCAACCCAGGCGCUCCGCCGCAGCCUGCCAUGAUGCCAUUCCCAUUUAAUCCCACUGCGGUGACAACUCCGCUUCAGCGUCAACUGAUACCCAUUCCCGUGGUUGAUGGCGCUCCCUCAGGAGGCGUUGCGGAGAUUGGUAAGCGUCGUUUCGAACUAGAGGAUACAGUUGCCAUUGCCGAUGUGCCCACCAAGCGUAAAGUGCCAAUUAACAGUCGCCUUGGUCCACGGGUUAAUCCAAACAUGCAGCAGCACAACAGCUCGCUGGAGCUGAGAAAAGUACCGCGAGGACUGAACACCAUCGCUCAUUUAAACAACCACUUUGCCAAGUUUGGUAAGAUCGUCAAUAUUCAGGUAUCAUACGAAGGUGACCCGGAGGCAGCUAUUGUGACUUUCUCCACCCAUGCCGAAGCAAAUGUGGCCUACAGGAGCACGGAGGCAGUGCUGAACAAUCGAUUUAUUAAGGUAUUCUGGCACAACGAUAGCAACGGAGCGGAUGUGGGACAAAUGAAUCAAAUGGGCGGCAAUGGAGGAGGUGGUGGACGUAAAAACGCGAGUCAGUACCACCUUCAUAACGUUCCUGCAGUACCCACGCCUAAUGCUGAUAGUGCGAAGAUCAGUAACGCCAACCCUCUGACCGAGGCGGGAGCAGGAAACAUCGGAUUACCUACGACGGAGCAGGCCAGCACAGCGGCUCCUGCCUCUAUGCGUCUCAAACUAAACACAACGACGGCGGGAGGCGCACCUGUAGGAGGAUCUGGUGCGGGUGGAGCAGCAUCGGGACGUCCCUUGAAUCCGGCUGCCAAUGCCGCCAUCAUCCGUAAGAAACAGGAGGAGCAGCAAAAGGCGGUACACCAGUUAGCCAAUGGACUCCGCAAGCGCAAACAGGAAUUGCUCCAGAGCUACAUGAAACAAAUGAAAACUGCCCUAGAACUCGUGGAACGCAUGGACCAGCAGGAUGCCCAGAGGGCCCCCACCCUGCAGACAAUCAAAGUGCUGCAGAUGACAAUCGACAAACUAGGCAAGGAGAUCCAGGCCGACCAAGACCAACUGCAGGCACAAAUUCAACAACAACAGCAGCAGCAACAGCCGCCCGUUAAGAAGACCAAGGAACAGCAGAAGAAAGAGUUGCUUGACAUGGAGCUGGAGCUGAUUGCCCAGCAGCAAGAGGGCAAUGACACUACGGCCAUACAAAAACGGCUCGAAGAGCUACAGCGCAAUCUUGGCGUUGGCCCAGCCGCAAACAACAAGUCUCCUCACUUUGCAGCAGCAUCUGGAGCUCCUGGCGGUGGAGGUCGAAAACGCCCGAAUCUGCCUGAGGGUCCAACGCGGGUCGAUAGGCGUCCAAAGGCUAUUGUAGUCACUGGCUUUGCAGCCGAGGAGGCCGACUUUGUCCUGGGGCACUUCAAAAACUUUGGUGAGAUUUCUAAGCAUGAUGUUGACCGUGAGAUUCCACAGUUAAUUCUUUCGUAUGCAACCCGUCUAAACGCCGAACAGGCCGUGCUCCGAGGGAAAAUGUACAAAGACAAGCGUCUGCAGAUUUCUUGGGCGCCCGUUGUGACACCUGCACCGGUUCCGAUGGCGGCACCGGUCGAUAAGUCCAAUGCACCAGUUGCCAUGGCCGUUAGCCUAGAGAACCCAAAACAGUUGAUUCAGUCCGUCAGCGAGAGCGAGAGUCUGUUGGGCAGUGACACGCUGCCGGAGCUGCGUCUGGAAGAUGAGGAGGAGGAAGAGGAGUCAGAGGAUCGUUCCUGGCGUCGUUGAUGCAUCGCCCUGCGCUGCUGAUGCGGCCGGGGAAACUCCGAUUGGCUCACAAGUGUUAAGAAACCCUUAACAUGUAUUUGUUGUUAUUCUAUAUCUAACUGCGGAGUGUGCGGUAAGUGCUGAGAAGAAGAAAAGCACUUUGCACAUUUACUGCAUAAUUAAACGCUCUAAAUAUUACUAAUAUUUUAAUGAACAUAAGUUAUGAACCGCAUACAAAUACGAAUGAGUUUAGCUAAGUCUAAGUCCAAAAUAAUAACACUGAAACUACAAUUUCAAAAACGAAAUGAAACCAACUCCAAGGCUCGAUGCAAAUAAGCGCGAGACGAAACAUUGGUUAACAAUCGUAAACUACCUUUGUAUUUACACAUUUUUCAAUCUAUCCUUUUCUUACAUACAAAUAUAUAUAUGCAGAUAUAUAAUUGUUAAGAUUUUAUGUUGAGUUAAAACGAUAAAACACUAAAAGAACAAAAAAAUUGCAAAGAAAAAAUCCCCAAAAACAAGCGCAAUGAGAAGUCAAAAACAAGAAAAAAAACGUAUCAACGUGAAUGCAAAACAGCAAGUUAUAUAGAGAGAUAUAAUAAAUAAAAUAAAUAGUUUCGUAUUUCAGGAGAAAA